GGAAGUUCUUGCCGGUGCUUCUGCUAAACGAAUGCUGGCUGAGUUGCUCAGUGAUAUCCCUUUCUGGCGCUGCUGGUGCUGUGAGCGCUGGUUGCUGCGGGAUUUGGGCUCGACUACACUCAGCAGUGAUCCAACUAUCCCCAGUCCUGUGCGGUCGGAGCCCCGCCUCCACUGAAGAACGGGACCAUGGAAGACAACCCAUUGGUAGUAUCUAAACAGAAGACAGAAGUGAUAUGUGGUGUGCCCACCGAGGUGGUCUGCACAGCCUUCAGCAGCCACAUCCUGGUUGUGGUGACCCAGUUCGGGAAGAUGGGAACGGUAGUCUCCUUGGAGCCCAGCAAUGUGGCCAAUGACAUCAGUAAGCCAGUGCUCACCACAAAAGUCCUCCUCGGGCAGGACGAGCCUCUCAUCCAUGUCUUUGCGAAGAACCUGGUAACAUUCGUGUCCCAAGAAGCAGGGAACAAAGCUGUCCUCCUGGCCAUGGCUGUGAAGGACAAGAGCGUGGAAGGGCUGAACGCCUUGAAGGAGGUGAUCCGGGUGUGCCAGGUGUGGUGACCUUCAGCCGGCAGUGCAAUACACCUGGACCUAGUAGGCGCUUGGCAGGGUCUUUGAGCCCAUCUCUCCAGUGCCAGGGCAGCCAGGCGGAGGCUCACUCUCUGGCUUUCAGCCUGGAAGCUGGAAUGGACACUCAAGCUCAGGGGAGUCUCCCAGUGUGGCUGCUGUGUUGUGCCUGGGGCACUGGGCACAGUUCUGGGCUGUAGCAGGGCCAGGAGCAUCCCCUUCAUGGAAAUCAGCGGCCAGUUCUUAGGGUUGGCACUCCCGGUGUGUGGCAGCACUUUCGGGAAGACUUUUUGUAUUGAAAAUAAAUCUAAAUACUUGCCUGGCCUUCUCAGUAA